AUGGAAGUAUUUCAGGAACUUCGUAAACCAUCAGUACGUUUGGAGUGUGACCACUGUAAUUUCAGAGGCACGGAUUAUGAAAAUGUACAAAUCCACAUGGGCACCAUCCAUCCAGAAUUUUGUGAUGAAAUGGAUGCUGGUGGGUUAGGUAAAAUGAUAUUUUACCAGAAAAGUGCAAAGUUAUUUCAUUGCCAUAAAUGCUUCUUCACCAGCAAGAUGUACUCUAAUGUAUACUAUCAUAUCACAUCCAAACAUGCAUCCCCAGAGAAAUGGAAUGAGAAACCAAAAAAUCAGUUAAACAAAGAAACAGAUUCUGUGAAAAGCCCUCCUCCAUCUGAACACCAGAAAAUGUCCCCUAAUUCAGAACUCCAGAAAUCUGUAUCUGCCCUUUCCAUAGAAACAGAGAAACUUGGCCUGGUUUUGUCUCCAGAAUCACCCAAACCUACUCCUCUUACUUCCCUGGAGCCUCAGAAGCCUGUCCCUGUUUCUCCUGAGCCACAGACACCUUCUCUUCCUUCUCCUGAGCCACCAAAAACUACUCCUGUUUCUUCUCCUGAACUUCCAAAAUCAAUCCCUAUUGUUUCUGAAUCUCAGAAACCAGUCCCAGUUCCUUCUCCAGAACCACAGAAACUCGUUCCUGUAUCCCCUGAGCCAGUAAAAGCUACUCUUAUUAAUCCCAAACCUCAGAAACACUCCCAUUUCCCAGAAACAUUGGGGCCGCCUUCAGCCUCCUCUCCAGAGUCACCAGUUCUUGCUGCUUCUCCUGAACCUUGGGGGCCGUCCCCAACUGCGUCACCAGAGUCUCGGAAGCCACCCCGAACAGUCUCCCCUGAGCCAAGGAAGCCAUCUCCAUCAGAGUCUCCUGAACCUUGGAAGCCAUUCCCUGCUGUCUCUCCAGAGCCUAGGAGACCAGUCCCCGCUGUGUCCCCUGGUUCUUGGAAGCCAGGGCCACCUGGGUCCCCCAGGUCUUGGAAAUCCAGUCCUUCAGCAUCAGGACCCUGGAAGCCAGCUAAACCUGCUCCAUCUGUGUCGCCUGGACCUUGGAAACCAAUUCCUUCUAUAUCACCUGGACCUUGGAAACCAGCUCCAUCGAUGUCCCCUGCAUCCUGGAAGUCUUCGUCCGUCUCACCUGGUUCCUGGAAAUCUCCCCCCGCGUCUCCUGAGUCGUGGAAGUCCGGCCCACCAGAACUGCGAAAGACAGCUCCCACCCUGUCACCCGAACAUUGGAAGGCAGUCCCCCCGGUGUCUCCUGAGCUCCGUAAAGCAGGACCUCCCUUGUCUCCUGAGCUUCGCAAACCAGGCCCCCCAUUGUCCCCCGACAUUCGUAGUCCAGCAGGAUCUCCAGAGCUCAGAAAACCCUCAGGAUCUCCAGAGUUUUGGAAGCUUUCUCCUGAUCAGCGGAAGACUCCUCCUGCUUCACUUGAUUUUCCUGAGUUCCAGAAAAGUUCCUGUGGUGGUUCUCCUGAUCUCUGGAAGUCUUCCUUUUUUAUUGAACCUCAGAAACCUAUCUUCCCUGAGACCAGGAAACCUUCUGGGCCAUCUGAGUCCCCUAAAGCAGCCUCUGAUAUUUGGAAGCCCGUUCUCUCUAUUGAUACUGAGCCUAGAAAACUCGCCCUGUUUUCUGAGCCUACCAAAACAGCCCCUCCUGCUUCUCCUGAACCACGGAAGCGCGCUCUUUAUCCAGAGCCCCGGAGACAUACCCUUUUCCCUGAACUUUCCAAAUCUGCUAUGUUCCCAGAACCUCAAAAGGCAGUUGAAUUGGGAGAUGAACUACAGACAGAUGCCAUAGAUGAUCAAAAGUGUGAUAUGUUGGUUCAGGAAGAACUACUAGCUACACCUAAGAAACUCUUAGAAGACACUUUACUUCCUGCCUCAAAGAAGCUCAAGAAAGAUAACCAAGAGAACUCUGAUGCUGAGCUUAGUAGUAGUGAGUAUCUCAAAACAGAUUUGGAGGCAAUGGAUAGUAAGGGCCAAGAAUCAAGCAGUGAUCAAGAGCAGGUUGAUGUGGAAUCUAUUGAUUUCAGUAAAGAGAACAAAAUGGACAUAACUAGUCCAGAGCAGUCCAAAAAUGUACUGCAGUUUACUGAAGAAAAGGAGGCUUUUAUCUCCGAAGAAGAGAUUGCUAAAUAUAUGAAGCGUGGGAAAGGAAAGUAUUAUUGCAAAAUUUGUUGUUGUCGUGCUAUGAAGAAAGGUGCUGUUUUGCAUCAUCUGGUUAAUAAGCACAAUGUCCAUAGCCCUUACAAAUGCACAAUUUGUGGAAAGGCUUUUCUUUUGGAAUCUCUCCUUAAAAACCAUGUAGCCGCCCAUGGGCAAAGUUUACUUAAAUGUCCACGAUGUAAUUUUGAAUCAAAUUUCCCAAGAGGCUUUAAGAAACAUUUAACUCAUUGUCAAAGUCGGCACAAUGAAGAGGCAAACAAAAAGCUAAUGGAGGCUCUUGAACCACCACUAGAAGAGCAGCAGAUUUGA